GCUGCGACCGCGGCGGAGGCCUCGGCCCUCGAGCGUGACGCCCCGCCGGCGGGGACGGCGGCGACUCGCGUCACUAACGUGACUGACGGACGGCCGUGACGGAGGCGAGGCCCGGUGGUGCCGGCCGCGGGUCAUCGGUCGGGUGGCCGAGGUCAAAGGUCACCGCCUCACACGGAUUACCGGAGGAAUCCCGGAGACCAGCAGCGAUAGAGGACGUCCCGUCCGUCAUCACUCACGGGGUCAGCAGACAUGAGGUCAAGACGGGUGCUACUCUUCACAGCAUGUGUGCUUCUUGCUGUCUGCUGCAACGGAGUUCCCCAAUCCGCAAUGAGAAGCACACGACGGGAGCGCGCCAGAGGCCGCGCGAGUGACAUCACGACGUCUCCGUCCAACAGCACCGGCCGCGCCGCCGAACCGGCGGCGGGGAGCCGGGCGGGCCAGUCGCGCGGCCUCUUCAAGGAGCUGGUGAAGGGGGCGCUGGUGCUGGCCGGCAACCGCGUGCUGGGCGAGCAGGUGACCAGCGCGCUACGGCCGCUGGCCCGGCCCAUCGUCGAUCGCCUGCUGCCCGAGGAUGGCCUGGGGGGCCUCGGCGGCCCCAGCGCGCCCCUGCCCGACUCAUUCGGCCAAUCCGGGCAGUCCGGGCAGGCGGAGCCGAGCGGGCAGGUCGGACAGAGCCAGCAGCUCGACCAGACGACGACCAUCAGUCGGCCGGCACAGCAGGUGAAGCCCGAGGAGGACCUGAACACGUGCACCACGCCGCAGCUGGGCGCGGGCGUUUGCCGUGACCUGGGCACAUGCCCGCAGCUGCUGUUCGACCUCACCAACCUGCGCAGCAGCAUCUGCUUCCAGUCGCUCUUUGUGCCCGGCGUCUGCUGCCCAGAGUGA